AUGGCACUCCUUCGAAGUCAUCGAUGGCGUUUACGACAAAGCCAUCUUCUUCAGACUAUCUAUUUGAUGGGACUAUUCUCUGUGAUCGGAAUCGUCCUCAUCUGGUACGGCGUCAACUCAGACCGCGAAUACAUCCACCCUUUACUUACUCAGUUAAUCCCUGCGGGCCACUGUGCGUGUCUGACCUCAACCACUUUUCAAUGUGCCAGCUGCUUGAAGUGUGCUCCUAAGAAGCCUCUCCCUCCGACUGCACUUCCUGCUGUCUCGGCCUGGAAGUUUGAGGCGGGUCGAGAUAGUGGCAAUGAAGGAUUAAGUCGAGCUCAGUGCAUGGCCGCUUUCCCAGGUUUGUUCGAAGAUAUCUUGCGUGCAGGGACAUUCUGGAGAACGCAUGGUGGCCUUGACGUCGAGCACUUGGAAUACAUCCCGUUGAAGCAUGGCAUGGCGCGGGCGUUCAUUCAUCGCGGAGAGCUUUAUGUGGUGAACGCGCUAUCACGAGGUGAAGAUCAUCGACGAAAGAUUUUAGCUGUGCUGAGUGCGAUCCACCGUGCCUUGAUAACAAACCCCGAACGAGCCAUCCAGCAAGAUCUGGAGUUUGUCUUCUCCGUGGAGGAUAAAGUCACGGACGUGACCACUGACGACCAGCCUAUCUGGGCGUUUGCAAGGUCUGCCGGAGAAGAGGCGAAUGUACAAAAUUCCAUUGGGCCAUACGACCAAGUAGUCGACCACAUCAAGUGCACAGAAAUCCCCUGGUCGCAAAAGAAAAGACAGCUUGUCUGGCGAGGAAAGCCCAGUUUCGCACCUAAGCUGCGGCGCGCGCUGAUGGAUGCUGCGCGAGGCCAGCCGUGGGGUGAUGUCAAACACGUGGAUUGGAAUCAACGAACGAACGUCAUGAGCCUAGAGGACCAUUGCCGAUACAUGUUCAUAGCCCACGUUGAAGGACGAUCUUAUUCCGCGUCUCUGAAAUACCGCCAGGCGUGCAACUCGGUUGUUGUAGCCCACAAGCUGCAGUACAUCCAGCAUCACCACUACCUGCUCCUUUCAGAAGGACCGAGCCAGAAUUACAUCGAAGUCGACAGAAGUUUCAGUGACUUGGCAGCCAAGUUGGAACCGUUGUUGGACGACCCAUCACGGGCAGAACGCAUUGCCAGCAAUAGUGUACAAACAUUCCGCGACCGGUAUCUCACCAAGGCAGCGGAAGCGUGCUACUGGCGUAUGCUCUUCGAGGGGUACAGUGACGUCUGGAAUAGCAGUGUUCCGGGUCAGUCAAGGUAUCAAGAACAGCAACGAGGCUUCCGAUACGAGUCGUUCAUUCUUCUGGAUAGUCGCAUGAUGUUUGAAUUUGACGCAACGAGCGCAACGGGCGCGAUGGGCUGA